AUGCCACCGCCUAGCGAAGAUGUGACCAGGAGCCGGUCUGGGGCCGAGCUCUGGCGCAGGGUGCGGAGCGCCCGAACGCUCGCCCGUGGCAACCAGACUGCGGCGCAGAAGAUCUUCAAGCGCGGCGAGCGGAAUGCAGAUGGCAGCUUCGUUGUGGCGGAGGGUGGCUCGGAGAACGAGCUCUUAAAUUUGCUCCACGAGGCAGGUCGCGAGGCCGCGCAGAACGCGAUAAGCGUCUUCAGCCUCGCGGCCUUCAUCACCCUGUACGCGCUGCUAUUCCUCGGCACGAAUCUCUUUUCCUCCAGCGUCGUCCUCUACCUCGUGAUCACCGUGGUUGGCCUCACUAUAUUCAGCAUGGGCCUUCGACAGGGCCUCAUGCCGUUGGGGGAGAUGGUCGGGAACCAGCUGCCGCUGAAGGUAUCACGCGCGGUGGUGUUCUCUGCGAUCUUCGUUCUUGGGAUCUUGUGCACCAUCGCUGAGCCCGCGAUUGGAGCGCUGCAAGAGGCAGGGAAAAACACCAAUCGUCCAAAGGCGCCGCUUCUGGCCGAGAUUCUGGACAACCCCUUCAUUCUCAUGGUCGCCGUCGGAGUGGGAGUUGGCUUCGCAGCAGUUCUCGGGUGCGUCCGUCUGGUCUACGACUUGAAGGUCAAGCAGACGCUGCUGACGUGUUGCAUCCCCACGGUCCUCGUGACCUACGUCCUCCAGUUCCUGCGCAUGAGCGACUUGAGCCCACCCCGCUUUCCGACGGUGACAGGCCUGGCCUGGGACUGUGGAGCCGUGACGACGGGGCCAGUCACGGUGCCCAUCGUCCUCGCCCUUGGGAUCGGCGUCGCGGCGGCGUCAAAGACGCAGUCUGCCGGUUCGCACGCGUCAGGCGAUGAUCCCAAGCGGAUCCCAACCUCGGCGAGGCGGGACGAACAGCGGGAGGUGAUGCGGAGACAGUCCAUGUUGCAGCAGAUCGACCCAGUGGCGAGGACGGAGCAGAGGCCGUUCGCAGACGACGGUGCGGAGGAUGGUGCGCCAGACCUCUCCGGCUUCGGCAUCGUGACUUUGGCGUCCCUCUUUCCCGUGAUCGCAGUCUGGCUGCUGGGCUUCCUUCUGGGAGGCGACUCCGCGACUCCUACGGAUAUAGCGCCGGCAGACGCCAACGACCCCGAGGUUGUCGAGGAGAACAGUCUGGUGAAGGCGUUCGUAGGCACUUCCAGAGCAAUCUUGCCGCUGGCGGGCUUUCUGCUUCUUCUCCAGGUGGGCCUGAUACGCGAGCCAAUCAAGAAUCCAGUGCUUCUUGCCCGCGGGCUGGCAUUUUGCUUCGUGGGCAUGUACUUGUUCUCCAUCGGCUUGGAUGGUGCACUCGUGCCCCUGGGAGCCGGUGCUGGCAAAGCCUUGCCCAAGGCCGUCGACAAGUUCGGCAAUGUGCUCGGACCGAUCGUCAUCUUGGCAUUUGGCUUCCUUUCUGGCGCCGGGGCCACCUUUGCGGAGCCUGCGUUGCGAGCCCUCGGCGAAACCGUAGAGAAGCUCACGAAGGGAAGCUAUACGGCGAACAAGCUCGUCGGCGCAGUAGCGCUUGGCGUCGGCUGCGGGAUUUCGCUUGGCAUGGCGAAGGUCUAUUUCAAUCUGCCCUUGUGGCCCAUCAUCCUGGUCGGAUACGGAACUUGCACGGCCCUGACGGUCAUGUGCGACGACGCCAUAACCUGCAUCGCUUGGGACUCCGCAGGAGUCACGACCGGACCAGUCACGGUGCCCAUUGUUCUAGCGUCGGGGCUCUCCCUUGGCAGCGCAGUCGAUGCCUCGGAGGGCUUCGGGAUCCUCAGCUGCGCCUCGAUCGGGCCCAUCAUCGCGGUGCUGAUCACGGGUGUCCUCGCGCAGCGGGCCGCCUCGGCGGCUGACGCGCGCGGGCACGCGGAGAGCGAGCUGCCGAGGCUGAAUGCUAACGACACUUAG